UCAGUUUCUAUAGCAAACAUCAAAAAACAAUCAUCACGAUCAUCACCCGGCCGCCUGUCAAAAAUUUGUUGAAAUCAGAUUCCCAUAUUCUCCGAUUGAAUUACAAUGGCUACGCUAAAAUUGCUCGUAUCAGCUAAUGCAAAUGGAACGGUACCCGUUGCUAAAUACGAGUCUCCAUCCACCGGAUUGAAAGUAGUCGUCGCAAAUGUCGAGGGUCCGCUCUGCUGUGGUUUCUUUGUUGUUGCAACGGAAGCACACGAUGAUGAUGGACUGCCCCACACUUUAGAGCAUUUGAUUUUCCUUGGAUCAGAAGAAUAUCCGUACAAAGGAGUGCUCGAUUUGCUAGCUAAUCGCUGUCUAGCAUCCGGGACGAACGCAUGGACGGAUACUGAUCAUACGUGCUAUACGAUGACAACUGCCGGGAAAGAUGGAUUCUUGGAAUUGCUUCCCAUUUAUUUGGAUCAUGUUUUAUUUCCAACGUUGACCGAUAGUGGUUUCAUAACCGAAGUUCAUCACAUCUCUGGAGAGGGUGAGGAUGGAGGUGUUGUUUAUUGUGAGAUGCAAGGUAGGGAGAAUUCCGGCGAGUCGAGAACCCAUUUGGAGUUGAUUAGAGCAAUCUAUCCGAAUUGUGGCUACAGCUCGGAAACUGGGGGAAUAAUGCACAAUCUUCGAACGAGCACAACCAAUAAAAAGGUUCGUCAAUACCAUGCUGACUUCUAUCGACCUGAAAAUCUUACUUGCAUCAUUGCCGGUCAAAUUGAUAUCGAGGAAAUCAGUCGAGCACUGGCACCAUUAGAGAAAAAAAUUCUGUCCAAGCCAUUAAAAGAAGCGUUCGUUAGACCAUGGCAGACGCCAGUUGCAUCAUUCAACGAAUCGGUUAAUAAAAAAGUCGAGUAUCCGGCCGAUGAAGAGGAUUGCGGACUACUUAGUAUCGGUUGGAGAGGACCAAAAUGUACAACGGAAAACUUAAAAUUAACUUCGUGCUCCGUGUUGAUGCGCUAUCUAAGUGAUACAUCGGUUAGCCCACUUCAACGAGAAUUCGUAGAAAUUCCAGAUCCAUUUGCCAGUCAAAUAUCGUUCAACAUUGUCGAAAAUACGGAAUCACUGCUGUAUUUUACCUUUGAGAAUGUUCCAUUGGACAAAAUUGAAGCAAUUCUACCGAAAUUGCAGUCCAUUUUGAAGAACAUUGCAGAUGGGAUCGAAAAAAUUGACACAAAUCGUUUGAGGAAUAUCCUAGAGCGUAGCAUCUUGGAGUAUUUGAGCAAUCUUGAAAGUAAUCCGCACGAAGCUAUCUCAUUUAUGGUUAUCGGUGAUGUUCUGUACGGCAAUACACCGGACGAUUUCGACAUGCGACUGAAUGUCCAUAAGCAACUUGAGUAUCUACAGACUGUAAACGAAUCGUACUGGCUGGAUCUCCUCAAGGAGUACAUGAUCGAUUCGAAAUAUGCGGUGAUCAAAGGUUAUCCUAGCAUUGCCGAACAACAACGAAUCGCGCAAGAUAAAGAUCGCAUUGAAAAGCAACGUGAGGAAUUGGGACCCGAGGGCCUGGAAACUAAAGCAGCAGAACUACUAGAUGCAAUGACAAAGAAUGCUAUACCUCCACCGGACAAAAUGUUAACGGAAGUACCCAUACCUAGCACCGAUGGAAUUCACUUUCAUCCAUCGAAUAUUUAUCGAACCGGCGAUCCCGAUGACCUUCCUGCCGGAUUGGAUCUAAAUGCUUGGCCUGUAUAUUCUGAGGCCAUUGACAUUCACACCAAUUUUGUUUAUAUGAUUGUCGCAUUAAAUACGCACUCCGUGCCGAAAGAACUUCGUCCCUAUCUGCUAAUGCUGUUGGAUUUGAUCAUAGAGUCGCCAAUACGGGACGGUGACACCAUCAUUCCCUACGAAGAAGUUGUCACAGCGCUCGAAAAGGACACCAUUACAAUGGGAACACGCCUUGGCCUGGAAUCGAAUGCAGCGUUCAGUUGUGGUCCAUUUUCGCACACCGCCUCAUUGAUGAUUCAGGUGGAAACGAAGAAGUAUGAAAAGGGCGUAAAAUGGUUGGCUGACCUACUUCACCACACUGAGUUCACAGUGGAUCGGGCUCGAGUUAUUGCCGCUAAAAUGGCCAAUUCUGUUACUCAGGCGAAAAGGAAAGGCAACUUUGUUGUUAAAGAGUUGCUGAAGUCGUUGUAUUACGAAAAUGAUACAAACGUUAAAUUCAGCUCAAUGCUGUAUCAACAGAAAUUUUUGAAUUCCAUAUUAACGAAACUGGGCGAUCCGGAGGCCGCUAAAAGUGUUCUAUCGGACUUAAAUCAAGUGCGUAACAUCAUAACGUCGACCAAAAAUCUUAGCCUACACGUAGCCGCCGAUUGGCGUAAAAUGAGCUCACUUAACAUUGAUUUAAACAGUCCGUGGCAGCUAAUUGCAAGGAAAGAUGAGGCACCGUGCAGAGAAAAGAUGACUAUAAUUCCGGACUGGAAAAUAAUGAAGUCACACGAAAAAAUUUCAUGUCAUGGCUCUGUGGUUGGAAUGGGUUGCAUCGAAAGUGCAUUCCUUUAUCAUGCCUCUCCUUCCGUCUGUUCUUUCAUGGACGCUGAUCUACCCGCCUUAAAUCUAUUUCUUCAAUACUUGACUCAAUUGGAGGGACCAUUGUGGAAACAGAUUCGUGGUGCAGGACUCGCCUAUGGUUACAAUUUGAGUUUAAUGCCUCACGAGGGACUGUUGUAUUUAGCAUUGUACAGGGCCACCAAUGUAACAGCUGCAUUUAAGGAAACUAAAGCUAUCAUUGAAGCACUCCUUCAACCGGAUGGCGUUUGGGAUCCAACUCAAUUAGAAUCCGCAAAAAGUUCAUUGAUUUUCGAGGUCAUCGAGCGCGAGAAAUCCGUUGGUGAUUUGGUCGUACAGUCGUUGUUGUCAACGUUUAAGAUGGUUCCGAAAGACUACAAUCGAUUAAUGGUGAAGAAAAUUAAUGCCGUCACCGUUGACGAUCUUAGACGCGUGGGUCAAACGUAUGUUUCGAGAUUAUUCACCGACGAUGCAAAGACGAUGAUAACUUGCCACCCCGAUAAAGCUAACGACGUGGCGACCUCAUUUUUAGAGUUUGGAAGAAAAUUGACUGUUCAAUCACUGGACGAUAGCCUUUUGGCGCAGUUCUAGUCGCAACGAUUAAUACAAGCAGGUAGCCUUUCGGCACAGGGUUUUCUUUUCAUUAAAAUAAAUCAAAUUGUCACUCUUCCGUAGACUAUUCACUAGGUUGAUGCAAUAAAUUUUUCUUACACGUUUUCUUUGCAACAUAAAAU